AUGACAGAGGCGACAACGGCGCAAAUUUUGCAAAGUUACCUUUUUACGUGUUACCAAAAUUUUACAAGUACUACACACGUCCUGGCCUUUUCAAGUUUAGCAGUUCAGUGGGUUAUACUAGUCCUGCUUCUCUUUCUUCACACUUUUCCUGACAUUUGUUUUCCAAUCGAACCCACCGAAGCCAUGCGAUCCAUCGCACCCAAACAAUCAACUCCCCAUAACUUGAUAGAUGAUUGGAAGUCUACCAGCUUUAUUGCUUCUAUACCUGCAACAGUAAGAUCAGCCUGCGAAUCGCUCAAAGACGAUGGUUCCAACUUCCCCGAUUGGGAGUUUCGCAUUGUCAGCUUGAUUGAGACCAUCACGGGACUCAAAGGAUAUUUCGAUGUUGAUGGAACUGUGUGCACUGACCUACGCGGUGACCAAAUUAUACGAUACAUGAUUCAACAUUCAAUCUCAACUCAAAUUGCUAGAAAGGUCACUAAAUCGGCCGAAUCGUCAUCAGCUAAAUCGUUCAUGAUGGCCAUCAAAUCCAGGUUCUCGAUUCCCAACCUCAGCGCAAUCGUACAAGAGUUCAAUCACCUCCAUCUCACAUCGGAUUAUGAUGCAACACCAUCCCCCCCAUCAUCAGAAUCCGGGGACUGCUCAGUCUCCUGGCGUGGCUUCUACACAACAACACAAACGGCUGCAUCGAACAUAACUCAACACCAAAAUCAUCGAUCGGUUCAAACUUGUCUCUAUCUUGUUGACAUUGACGGCAAGUUAUUCACUGCGGAGGAAGCGAUACUAGGAGAAGUUCAAGACUAG